AUGGAGAGCCUGAGUGAGCUCCAGAACCCACUGCUGCCCGGGAGCCCCGGCCCCAUCCACGGGCCCUGUUCCUACCCCAGGGCCCCACCCAGUUGGUCCUGCCAGGAGAAGCUCUACUCCUACCUCCUGGGCAGUGCUGACCCAGCUCACGCCCACCAGCUCCUGGACCCAGGGUCCUUGCAGCUGGCUGUGGAGGCCUGGUACCGACCCAGCUGCCUGUUGGGGAGAGACAAGGUCAAGGACCCCUGGGCGGGAAGCUGCGAGACCAGCUUCACAGAGGCCAGUGAGCCCCUGGCAGGACCCACAGGGCCGUGCACAGAAGCUAGCCAAGCCGAGGAGGAUGUCGCCAUCCAGACUGUGUCCUGUGGCGUUCAGGAGGAGCUGCAGGGCCAGGAGGACGAGGAGGAGGAGGAGAGCGAUGCAACAUCCACGGAGAGCGAAAGCGAAGACAACUUCCUCACGCUGCCCCCCAGGGACCACCUGGGCCUCACCCUCUUCUCCAUGCUCUGCUGCUUCUGGCCACUGGGCAUUGCGGCCUUCUACUUCUCCCAGGGGACCAGCAAGGCCAUCUCCAAAGGGGACUUCCGACUGGCCAGCGCCACCUCCCGCAGGGCCCUCUUCCUGGCCACACUCUCCAUCGCCGUGGGGGCCGGUCUCUAUGUGGCCGUAGUAGUGGCUCUAGCAGCUUACAUGUCCCAGAAUGGCCACAGCUAG